AGAUGAUGAUCCUAAUUCACCAAAUUAAUAUUAGAAUUAUGCAUGCUUGAUGCUUCAUAAGGUGACUGGUUUUGAAUGUUUAAUCAUAGAGUAUAAAAUUCACAAUCCCUAAUUAUAUAUUAUAAUCUUAUUGCUUCACUACAAUGCUAUAAUUAAUAGGUAGCUAGGGAGAGGAGACUGCUACUCAAUAAUAUAUAUUUAUAUAUGAACCUAAUUUCUACAGCCACCUAUCAAUAUGUGUGUGUGGUUUUUGAUUCAUGAGAAUUCGAUUCCAAACCACAAGCUAUAUAUGUUUGAGAGACAGUAUAAAUAAAUUCAUGACGAUAUGGAUGGGAUUGGAUGCUCCCAUUCAAAUCAAAGAUAAAAACAAUAAUGUAUGAUACUAGUUGUCAUAGUAGUAGUGUGAUUAGGAAUUUCAGAAGAAGUUUGAACAACGGAAUAAAGAAAUAGGAAUUUGGAAAAAGGAGCUGAUGCAUGGAUUAUAACAAUAAAUAUUGGAACACAGAUGAGAUGAGAUGAGAUGAUCCAUCCAUCACUUUUGAUCAUUUGAGUGGAGAUUGAAGGUCUGGUAACAUCAUCUUCCACUUGACAAAACCAAUUAAUAAAUAAAAAAGGAACAAACAUGCAUGGCGGUAUUCAUAGUUAUUAUUACUAGAGCAUCCCUAUCCCUAUCCCUAUCCCUCCCCUCCCUCUCCUCCUACCUUUGCGUGAUUUCUUGUCCUGUCAACACCACUCCAAAGCAUCUUUCAACAUUUAAUUUAUUUACAUUUUAUUUUUAUAUAUAGUUAGUUGAGAUUGAUGCCUCAUCCUCAUACUCGAUGCUAUCAGUAUCAGCAUCAGCAUAAGUUUCAUUUCAUUUAGAGUGGUGGCAGUAAGCAAUCCUAUGAGGAGAUAUAUAUCCUGCACUUGCACCUUUCUCUUCUUUAAUUCAUUUUCUACACUAGUCUUCCCCCAUUUUAGAUUUCCAAAUUGUGUUUUUAUCUUCAUGGUAAUAAUUCAUAUUCUUACAGUUUCACUUAGCCUCUUUCCAAAUUUCUAGAGGUUCCCCCAACAACUAUACAAAUUCUAGUUUUUUGUGGUCCCUUUUGCUCCCAACAAUAUUUAUGCACAAAGGAAUACUUUUUGAUUAAAUGCCAUCACUCCCUCCACAAAUGUUCUUUUAUCUUUUCCUAAAUCUUUACUUCUUAUUCUCCCUUCAACCAUUUUUUGUCCCUAUAUAUACCCCUUAAGACACACACUCCAAAACUCGUCUAAGUUAAGUCUUACAACAUCACAACACAUGGAAGAGAAACUCCGGCUCGCAGUUGGCGUUAUGGGGAAUGCAGCCUCUAUGCUACUUUAUGCUGCACCAGUGCUUACUUUCUCGAGGGUGAUAAGGAAGAAAAGCACGGAAGAGUUUUCAUGCGUGCCGUAUGUUAUAGCCCUAUUGAACUGUUUCAUCUACACAUGGUAUGGCUUGCCUGUUGUGAGCUACAAUUGGGAAAACUUUCCUGUGGUCACAAUUAAUGGAUUAGGAAUUCUCCUAGAGCUCACCUUCAUACUCAUAUAUUUCUACUUUGCGACAACUAAAGGAAGGAAGAGGGUUGCCAUGCUUACGUUACCUGUUCUGCUGGUGUUCUGCGGCACGGCGAUUCUAUCAGCAUUUGUUUUUCACAGCCAUCCCCACCGCAAAGCAUUUGUUGGGAGCAUCGGGCUGGUAGCAUCUGUGGCAAUGUAUGGUUCUCCAUUAGUAGCUGUGAGACAAGUGUUGCUGACUAAAAGUGUGGAAUUUAUGCCCUUCUACUUGUCAUUAUUCUCCUUCCUCGCUAGCUCGCUGUGGAUGGCCUAUGGACUCCUAAGCCAUGACCUUUUUCUUGCUUCACCAAACCUGGUUGGAAGCCCUCUAGGGAUCCUCCAGCUGCUGCUCUACUGCAUUUACAAGAAAAGACAAGUUACAGAGCACACUUCAAAAUGGGACUUGGAAAGGGAUAAUGAGAAGAAACCUGUGCACAAUCUAAUGGCGGCCACAAAUGCCAGCAAGUGAGGAACAAUGUGUCUUCUUCUCAAACUGUGAAAUCAAACUCCAUCAAAAUACAACUAAAUUUAAUUACUGAGAGAUCCCAUCACUCAGAGACCAACCAAAUCCAGAAAAUGUAUAUCUAUACACCUUAAAGGUGGAAAACGAUUGAAUAAUAUUAAUAUAGAUUUUUCA